CAACCGACACAUUCUUCUUGAGCCUACUCACUUAAUGCCACCAUUUCACCAUCCCACCCUCCAUCCUCCUCAUCAACAUCCCUCAACUUGGUAGCUCCAUCACAAUGUGGCUCGUGAUUCUGUUUAGCCUCCUGCUGCGUCUUGCAGCCGCACAGCCUCGGUAUCUUAAUGACAAGACCAAAGAAUUUGUUGUGAACGGCUCUGGUCUCCCCUUUGUGGAUUUCGACAUUGGCGAGUCCUACGCAGGCUAUCUACCCAACACGCCCGCUGGAAUUUCCAGUCUCUACUUCUGGUUCUUCCCGUCGUCAGAUCCAGAGGCAUCCGAUGAGAUCACGGUCUGGCUCAAUGGCGGUCCAGGCUGUAGCUCUCUUGCAGGCAUCAUGCUCGAAAACGGUCCUUUUCUGUGGCAACCCGGCACCUACCGGCCAGUGCGCAACCCGUAUGCGUGGAACAAGCUCACCAACAUAGUUUACAUUGAUCAGCCAGCUGGCACGGGGUUCUCGCUUGGUCCGUCGACGGUGGUGUCUGAGUUUGAUGUCGCGAGGCAGUUUAUCUCCUUCUGGAGGCGGUUCAUCAAUACCUUUGAUCUGCACAAUCGAAAGAUCUACCUGACUGGGGAAAGCUACGCCGGACAGUACAUUCCAUAUAUUGCGUCGCAGAUGCUGGAUAAGAAGAAUGAUACGUAUUUCCGAGUUGCGGGUAUCCAGAUCAACGAUCCUUAUAUCAAUGAUCUGACUGUUUUGCAAGAUGUGCCCGCCCUCGCGGCCGUCAACGAACACCCAUCUCUGUUCCCCUUCAACGACACCUUCAUGGCAGACAUCACGGCUCACGCUGACGACUGCGGCUAUACCUCACUUUUGGACGACGCGCUCACCUUUCCACCCGAGUCUUCCUUCCCAUCCGUCCCUUACAACAGCAGCUGCGCCGUCUACUCUGCGAUCAUCAACGCGUCCACGGCCCUAAACCCGUGCUUCAACCCGUACCAUAUUACCGACUCCUGUCCCAUCCCAUGGAACGCAGUCGGGGGUCCCAUCGUUGGCCUGGGUCCAACCAACUACUUCAACCGCAGCGAUGUCCAGAAAGCCAUCAACGCCUACCCAACGGAUUAUUUUGUCUGUAAGAAGGGCAUCUUCAAGACGGCCGAUGGACUGGACACCUCGCCGCCCAGCUCCCUGGGUCCGUUGCCACGCGUGAUUGAGCAGACGAAUAAUACGAUCAUCGCGCACGGACUUCUAGACUUUGCGCUCCUGUCGAAGGGAUCUCUGAUUAGUAUUCAAAAUAUGACCUGGAACGGGCAGCAGGGGUUUGAGCAAGAGCCGGUGGAGCCGCUGUUUGUGCCGUAUGGGUCAUCGGGGGGAGGCGUGAUGGGCACGGCGCAUACGGAGCGCGGAUUGACCUUCUCGGAGGUGUUUCUUUCCGGACACGAAAUUCCGGAGUAUGCUCCCAGCGUGGCAUACCGACAACUCGGGUUUUUACUAGGAAGAAUUGCGAAUCUCUCAGUUGCCUAG